CCUAUUAUCAUCAAUCCUCUACGCCCACAGCAUGUCUCUGCCAGGUUGACUUCCCACUGCCUCAUCCCCACCUCUCUCUCGGUCUCUCUCUCUCGUUCUCUCUCUCUCUAUCUUUCUCUCUCUCUCUUUCUCUGGAAGGACCAGAGCAGCAAACACCAUGUCGUCGGACGAUGAGGGAGGAGAGGAGUACCUUUUCAAGAUCGUGAUUAUUGGGGACUCUGCCGUCGGCAAAUCCAAUCUCCUGUCACGGUAUGCGCGGAACGAGUUCAAUUUGCACUCCAAGGCCACCAUAGGUGUGGAAUUCCAGACCCAGAGCAUGGAAAUAGACGGCAAGGAAGUCAAGGCUCAGAUUUGGGACACCGCCGGUCAAGAGAGGUUCCGUGCUGUAACUUCCGCUUACUACAGAGGUGCUGUUGGUGCUCUCAUUGUCUACGAUAUUAGCCGCCGCACUACUUUUAAUAGCGUUGAUCGUUGGCUUGAGGAGCUCAAGACUCAUUCUGAUACAACUGUGGCUAGGAUGCUGGUUGGGAACAAAUGUGAUUUAGAGAAUAUCAGGGAUGUUAGUGUUGAGGAAGGCAAAAGCCUUGCAGAAGCAGAAGGAUUAUUUUUCAUGGAGACAUCUGCCCUUGAUUCAACAAAUGUUAAAAAGGCUUUUGAGAUUGUUAUUCGAGAGAUUUAUAACAAUGUGAGCCGGAAGGUCCUGAACUCUGAUACUUACAAAGCUGAAUUGUCAUUGAACAGGGUAACUCUUGUUAAUAAUGGGACUGAUGGAUCAAAACAAUCUCAAAACUACUUUUCCUCCUGUUGCUCCAGGUGACCUCUGUUCUUCUCAUCUCAAAAUGGCAUACAAGUUCAGGGCUUUUUCGUGGUUGGUUUGUUGAUUUAAUUUGGGUGGUUGCUUUGUUUCUUGAUGAAUAUGUCUUCAGGUUCUUUAAUCGCAAAACAAGUUUAUACUAUAGAGAUAAAUUAUUUAGUUCAAUCCGAAAAAGGGCAGACAGGAAUUUGUGCUUUAGUUACAAGAAUUAUGUAAUCGUACAAUGAAGUGAAUGAUCACUUUUACUUUGUGAGCUAUCAUGUUUACUAAAGGGUCAAAAGUAACUAUUUUAUUUGUUA